GCCCAAACAAGUUUCAGUCGCGAGACAGUGCGGACGUGUUUGAUCCAACCGAACCAUCCAGCCACCAGAAACAGUAAACGAGAAUCGAAAAAAAAUUGCGCGCGCGGCAAAAUAAAAAAAAAACGCUGAUUUCAAUCAUAUCUCGUUUUGUUUUUCUUUUUUCGAGUUUUGAGUGUGUGUGUGUGUGUGUGCCCGUUGUCCGUGCCUGACAAAAGUUGAAGAGUUCGACAAAAGUUGAAGAAACAACAAAAAGAACAACAACAACAACGACAACAACGAAGUUGUUUGACUGGCAAAUGUGCAAAAGUAACUUUUUAGCUGGAAAACCAUUUGGGAUUUGGAUAACUCAGCGAGAAUCGAGGAACGAGAAACGAGCAACGAGCCUGGAAUACACAUGUACAUGAAUACCCCUAUUAGAAUGAUGCCGGCUGAAAUGCCCAACUGAAACGCAACGAAACCCAAUCGGAGCGAGCGCAGGGAGCAACAUGAUCAAGUUUCGGUACAAGCGAAAGGAGCCCACCAAUGUGGUGGCACAGGGCUGCGCUGGAGCAGCAGCAGUGCCGGCAUCACCCCAGUCCAUAGCAGCCCCCUCAGCCAGCAUAGCCACAACGCUGCAGCAUCAGCAGCUGAACCAGCUGAUGGGCAGCAAUGGCGGCGGCACCCUGCCCCGCAGCAGUCCGCGCAAGCUGAUGAUGAUGGAGGCGGGCGAGGGUGGCCACAAGGCGGCCACACUGACGCGCCAGAGCAAGCAGAAGGCGUCGGUGAGUGCUCUGGCCAAGGUGGCCAGCAGCGUGGAGCUGGCGGUGCUCGGCUACAACAACAACAACAACCACAGCCCCUCGAAUGGCGGAGGAAUCAGCAAUGGAAUCGCGGAAAGAGAUCGCUGCAUCAAUGCGGUCAUUGAACUCUUCCAGCAGCUGCAGACCAGCUCGGAGCCCGCACUCUGUCCGGAACCCUUGCGGCGAGCCUUGGCCAGUGGACCCCUGGCCGGACGACGAUUUCCGCUGGGCUGCCUGGGCGAUGCUGCCGAAUGCUUUGAGCUGCUGCUGCAUCGCGUCCACUCGCACAUCUCGUCCGAUGAUGGGGACUCGUGCGAGUCGAGUGCCUGCAUUGCCCAUCGCCGCUUUGCCAUGCGCGUCAUCGAGCAGAGUGUCUGCAAGUGUGGGGCCAACUCCGAGCAGCUUCCCUUCACGCAGAUGGUGCACUAUGUGUCCGCCUCGGCCCUUACAUCGCAGAAGAGCCUGGCCCUGCAGAGCCACCAGCAGCUGAGCUUUGGCCAGCUGCUGAGAGCUGCCGGCAACAUGGGCGACAUACGCGACUGUCCGAACACCUGUGGAGCCAAGAUCGGGAUACGCCGAGCGCUGCUCAAUCGUCCCGAUGUCGUCUCCAUUGGCAUCGUUUGGGACUCGGAACGACCCGCCGCCGACCAGGUGCAUGCCGUGCUCAAGGCGGUCGGAACGAGUCUGCGCCUGGCGGACGUCUUCCAUCAGGUCAGCGAGCAGCGCUGGGCCCAGCAGGCGCAGCACGAGCUGGUGGGGAUCGUCUCCUACUACGGCAAGCACUACACCACCUUCUUCUUCCACACCAAGCUGAAGGUGUGGGUGUACUUCGACGACGCCAACGUCAAGGAGGUGGGUCCCAGCUGGGACGGAGUGGUGGACAAGUGCAGUCGCGGCCGCUACCAGCCGCUGCUGCUGCUGUACGCGGUGCCCCAGCCGCCCAGCUCCGCGGCGGGCAUGGAUCAGCUGCCCGUCGCCGGAUCGCUGCCCUCGCCGGCUGCCUCAAUGACGGCGGCGGGACUGGCCGCGACGGUGGUGCGCCGGGCGGUGACACCCAGCCCGGAGAAGCCCUCGCUGGGCAGCACUCGACGGGCCAUUACGCCCACGCCCCUGCGCACGCCCACCAAUGACUACCAGAAUCUGAGUGUCAUCCAGAAGAGCAUUUUCCCGUCGAAUGGGGCGGGCACCGAUGAGACGGAUGCCUACAUCAGCCGCAAGACGGUGGAGCACGUGCUGAGCGCACAGUACCAGAACCUGAGCGUCAUCCAGGACAAGAUCAACGCCGUGCCCGGCUCGGUGGCCACGUCCAAUGCCGACAAGGAUGGGGGCUUCCUCAAUCGGAAGCCCAUCGAGGCGAUGCUGAGCGCCCAGCUGGCGCGCCGGCAGCACCUCCAGCUGCAGCGCAGCCACAGCGCCGAGUCGAGCUCCGGCCACGCCUCCAAUGGCAGCUCGCCGCCCAGCGACGGGCUGACCAUGCCCGAGCACCUGAACCAGCCCCGGAGACGGGACUCGGGCAACUGGUCGGGGGAUCGCAACAGCGCCAGCUCGGCCAGCUCCACCACCCUGGACAAUCCCUACCUGUACAUGGUGGCCAAGCGGGGCGUGGCGGCGGUGCCGCAGAGCCCCACGCGGCACGGCCUGCCCUACGAUCCCGGCUACGACUCGUUCUCGCUGAGCUCCACGGACUCCUAUCCGCCCAAGCACAUCCUCAAUCCGCAGCUGGCCAAGAUACCCGAGGCAGCCAUGGGAAUGGGAAUGGGCAUGGGCAUGGGCAUGGGCGCCGGAGUCGGAGUUGGGGCGGGAAACGUUCAAGGAGCAGGAGUCGGAGUCGGAGCAGGAGUCCCAGUCGGACAUGGCCUGGCCCUGUCCGGGGACUGUGAGAAGCUCUGCCACGAGGCGGACCAGCUGCUGGAGAAGUCGCGCAUCGUGGAGGAGUCGCACGACCUGGAGACGGCCCUGGUGCUGUGCAAUGCGGCCGCCGGCCGGGCCCGGGCCGCCAUGGAUGCGCCCUACAGCAACCCGCACACGAUGACCUUUGCCCGGAUGAAGCACAACACGUGCGUGAUGCGGGCCCGCAGCCUGCACCGGCGCAUCCUCGUGGAGAAGGGCGCCGAAUCGGAGGCCAUGCCCGAGCUGAAGCACAUGCGGGAGGGCAGCACCAGCAGCGUGAAGCACGUCCGCCAGAACAGCAAGGACCGCACCCUGGAGAAGGAGCAGCUCCAGAUGCAGCUCCAGCUGCAGCAGCAGCUGCAGCAGCAGCUCGUGCCAAGCGCCGUCUCCAAGAACAUCGAGAUCUACGCGACGCUGCCCAAGCGAAAGAGCCCGCUCAAGGCGCUGGCCGCUGCCGCCUCUGGCUCUGGUUCAGUGGGCAUGGAUGACAAUGCCAUCGAGUACGAGCAGCAGGUGGUGGCCAGCAGCAGCAGUCCGGCCAGCAGCCAGAAGCCGGAGCGGGAGCGGGAGAGCCGCUCGCUGUUCGGGCGCAAGGACAAGGACAAAGACAAGGAGAAGGAGAAGCGCAGCCGGAGCGAGGACCGGAACAAGCUCACCAGGGAGUUCUCGCUGACGGAGACGCUGCUGGUCAAUGCCAAGGACACGCUGAAGAAGCACAAGGAGGACAAGGACGAGAAGAAGGAGAAGGACAAGAGCGGCAAGAAGCAGCACAAGAUACGCCGCAAGCUGCUCAUGGGCGGCCUCAUCCGCCGCAAGAACCGCUCCAUGCCCGAUCUGACCGAGGCCGUGGACGACGCCGCAGCGCCGAUCAGCGGCCCAGCCCAUCAUCACCAUCACCUGCAGCUGCACCAUCCCUGCGCCCCGACCGCUGGCCACCUCAUGGGCAGCUCCGUGGACGACAGCGCCGUGGGCCUGGGCAAGCACGCCCUGGCCAUGAGCGGCUACAUCUCCGAGGGUCACUUUGACUAUCCGCUGGGCACUGGGCCGUGCACCAGUAAUGUGGGAGUGGGCAGUGGGAGCGGCAGCAAUCCCAAUCCCAAUCUGGAGCGAAGCAAACUGAUGCGGAAGAGCUUCCACGGCAGUGGCCGCCAGCUGACCAUGCCCGUGCCCAAGGUGGCACCGCCGCCGCCCAUGCGCACCAGCUCCGCCCUGACGCCCCACCAGCAGCAGCAGCAACAGCAGCAGCAAUUCCAUCACGAGGCCAAUCUGUCGAACCUCUCCGCCAUGAGCUCAAACACCUCGAUCAGUGAGGACUCCUGCCAGACGAUCAUCACGACCUGUGCCCAGGUGCACUCCGAGCAGAGCCCGCUCAAGGACAUGCAAAUGCUGGGCAUGGCCCAGGGCCAGGAGGAGCUGCCGCUGCCGCUGCCGCCGAUGGAGCUGCCGCCGUACCCGAGUCCGCCGCACUCCGUUUGCCACUCGCGGCAGGCCAGCGAGGACUUCCCGCCACCGCCGCCACCCGAGCUCGAUCUGGAGCCGCUGAACCAGCAGCUCAGCCAGCUGCAGCAGCUGGAGGCGGCCAACAAGCAGCAGCGCCAGCAGCAACUCGACUCACUGGAGGGCACCACCAGCAUCCUGGCCCAGCUGCAGCAGCGCCAGCAUCUGCUCAAGCUGCGCAAGGAGCAGACGGGAGCCGGCAGCGACGCCACCUGGCUGAAGGAGCUGCAGGCCAAGCAGGCCGCCGAUCUGCGCACGAUGCAGCGCAAGCUGGAGGCCUCCUCACCCAGCAGCGUGCGCGAUCUGGCGCACCGCUUCGAGCAGACGGCCACCAUUCGGUCGUACGCGUCGCAGGAGCUCCUGGCCCAGCCACGCACCCAGAUGAACGGCCUGCCCAGCCAGGCGAAGCUCGACGCUGAUGAGGUUGACUGUGCGGGCCCAGUGCGUGCCUCUCUCCCGCUGCCACUGCCGCUGCCUCAUCAGCUGAUGCUGCCCAAGCCCAAGUACGAGAUGUCGCAGUCGCAGAUCGCCGAGGAGAUCCGCGAGGUGGAGCUGCUCAACUCGAUGGUGCAGCAGACGCUCAACCAGAGUGCCGCCGCUGGAGCCCCACCCAAGCGGGUGAAGAAGAAGAGCGUGUCGUUCUGCGACCAGGUGAUCCUGGUGGCAACGGCCGGCAAUGAAGAGGACGACGACUUCAUACCCAACCCGAUACUGGAGCGCGUACUGCGCACCGCACAGCACCCGAACGAGAAGGUAACGGCCCAGAUGAUCCAGCAGCAGCAGCAGAACAUGCUCCGACUGCAGACGGAGCCGCAGCCCCGACAACAGCACCAGCAGCAGCAGCAGCAGCAACAGCAGCAGCAGCAGCAACAGCAGCAGCAGCAGCAACAGCAGCAGCAACAAUUGCAGCUUCAACAUCAACAGCAGCAGCAGCAGCCUUCUCCCAUGCUGGGAAGACCAGCGGCAACGGAUAUGCAGCGAUAUGUGCAGAGAAUGCAACAACAACAGCAGCAACAACAGCAGCAGCAACAACAGCAGCAGGAGAUGUACCGCCAGCAGCAGCAACAGCAGCAGCAUCGCACCAGCAUGAGUGGCAUCGUCAGCCAGCAACACCUGCAACUGCAACAGCAGCAGCAGCAGCAGCAGCAGCAACACCAGAUCGAUGCACAGUACACCAGCAUGCCCCGGCCAUUGCAUCAUCCCCAUCUACUGCCACAGACCUACUCAGUGCAGCUGCAGAAACACCAGCAGCACCAGCAACAGCUGCAACAGCAGCACCAACAGCAGCCAUCGCCGCAACUGAGCCUGGGAUACUUCAGCAAUGGCCAGGCAGCGGCCAGCGAGCAAGUGCCACAGCCACAGCCACUGCCUUCGCCUUAUCAGCGAGUGCCACUGCCACAUGGCUACCAGCCCACAGGCGGACCCUACUACCCUUUGCCAAACCAACAGCAGCAACAGCUGAUUAUUGCCAAUGGAAAACCUGCCCAGAAGAAGGUCAGCUUCGAGCCAGGGACCAAGGGCGAAGCCGACUGCCUGCCACCGCCACCACCGCCGCCACAAACGAAGCUGGCCCUGCAGAAUGGUCUGCCCGAGUCGGCCAGCCCAGGAGCUGGCCCUGGCUCGGCACCGGCGGCCAUCACAGCCAUACCCACCCGCGUCUACAACAAUGCCAUCGUGAAGGCCUCGGCCAAGGCCGUGGAGUGCAAUCUGUGCCGCAAGCGGCACGUCAUUGCGCCAGCCGUCUACUGCACCAACUGCGAGUACUAUCUGCAGAUGCUGAACCAGCGCAGAUGAUGCACUCCCAGUCCCA